AUGGGCCUAUACAGCAUUAUCCCUGCCUGUACAACCCUGGAAUUAAGCUACGAUCAUCCUCUAAAACAGACCUUGGAGGAUGUGAUUCUUCAACCCGAGUUCCGUUGCACAUUAGUUGCAAUCGCCUUGAAGCUAUAUGGAUCCCAGGUUUCUGGCUAUCAGCAGGAGAAGGUCAAGGCGGAUCGAGAUUCACUUCAUAUCGCUACCCUUUCAUUCAUUCAGAAGAUCCCAUCAAAGGACAACCACCUCACCUUACCCAAUGUCCUUUGUCUUCUACUACUCAGCCAUACUUGGUGUAGAGUAGAGCAAUUCUCGGAAACGGCAAUCCAAUGGUGCUCUCUUGCACGAUUCGCUUUUGAUCAUGCUCAGCGGGAAUAUGAGAGCAGAUCUCUAUACUCUAGGGAGUUGAUACGCCGGAUAGAUAUUGGAAUCAACUUCCAGGAGUGGUAA